AGUGCUGGAGCCGGAGUGCCCAAUGGAAACGGUGCCAAACCCAAUGGUUAUGGUGCUCCUGCAGCUAUGUCCAAUGGAAAUGGUGCUAAACUCAAUGGUUAUUAUGGUGCUCCUGCAGCUGUGCCUAAUGGAAAUGGUGCUAAACCCAAUGGAUAUGGUGCUCCAGCUGCUGUACCCUAUGGUCAAAGGUCAAAAGGCUAUAGUGCUCCAGCUGCUGUACCCAAUGGAAAUGGUCAAAAAUCAAAAGGUUAUGGUGCUCCUGCAGCUGUGCCUAAUGGAAAUGGUGCUAAGGCUAAUGGUUAUGGUGCCGGUGUGCCUAAUGGCAAUGGACAAGGAGCUAAACACAAUGGUUACGGUGCUGCUCCAGCUGCUGUGCCCAACGGACAAGGAGCUAAGCACAAUGGUCAAGGAGCUGGAGCUGGUGCACCCAAUGGACAUGGUGUUCCGAAUCCAAAUGCUGGCAUGAAAGGACCCAUGAAAGGAUACGGCCGACCACCUUUUGGUGCAGGUGCUUCUCUUGGAGUGGGGACUCGAAAGGGUCUGGGGGUACCUCAACUAGCUACAAACAGGAGGGGAGUGUAUGGCAGCAAUGGGUAUGGCGGUAAUGGAUAUGGCUCACAGCCAAUGAAUGGCUACAGGCCAAAUGGUGCCUAUGCCAGGGCUGGUCUUGGCCUGGGUGGUGGCCUCUCGGCUGGAUACUCUAAUGGAGGAGGCCAAAAAAGACCCACGCAGGGUUACGGCGGUCCCAAUGGACAAGGUGUUAAACCCAAUGGUUAUGGUGCUCCUGCAGCUGUGCCAAAUGGAAAUGGUGCUAAAAAAAACAAAGGCUAUGGUGCUGGAGCUGAUGUGCCAAAUGGACAAGGUGCCAAACCCAAUGGUUAUAGUGCUGGAGCUGGUGUACCCAAUGGACAAGGAGCUAAACCCAAUGGUUAUGGUGGUGUACCCAAUGGAUAUGGUCCCAGACCCAGUGGGUAUGGAUAUCCCAAUGGUGGGGCAAAGGCACCCAAACCAGGUUAUGGUGCUGGAGCUGGUGUGUCCAAUGGACAAGGAGCUAAUGGUUAUGGAAAUGGAUCACCUCAACCUCAAAAUACUAAAGGUGUUGGAGCAGGUGCACCCAUUGGAGGAACUGAAGCGUCAAAUGGAGGAGCUAAAGCACCAAAUGGUGGGUAUGGGGUUCCUGCUGGUGUACCCAAUGGACAUUUGGCUAAAGUAGUCAAUACUGGUUACGGCAUGCCAAAUGGAUACGGCAUGCCAAAUGGAUACAGCAUGUCAAAUGGUCAAGGUACUAAAGGUGUUGGUGCACCGAAUGGAAAGGGCCCCAAAGGUGAAGUUCUUACUCCUGAAGCACUAAGCCUUGCACCAGCACCUGAGCCAGGACUUGUAGUACCUGUGCCAACAAAGGGUGUAGCUCUAAUCUUUCCACAAGGGAAGACAUACCCUAAGCCAGCACCAGUUCCACAAGGGAAGCUUUUCACUAAGCCAGUACCUAUAGUACCACAGGCAAAGAGUCCAAAGACAGCGCCACAGCCAGCACCGGUUCCACAAGGAAAGACAUACUCUAAGCCCGCACUAGAGCCAGCAAUGGUUCCACAAGGGAAGACAUACGCUAAGCCAGCACCAAAGUUAGCACCUGUCGUUCCCCAAGGAAAGCCGUGCCCUAACAAAGCACCAGAGGCAGCACCAGUUCCACAAGGGAAGACAUACCCGAAGCCAGCCCCAAAGCCAGCAGCUGUAGUACCACAGGCAAAGAGUCCGAAGCCAGCGCCAGUUCCACAAGGGAUGCCGUACCAUGAGCCAGCACCUGUCGUUUCACAAGGGAAGCCGUACCCUGAGCCAGCACCUGUCGUUUCACAAUGGAAGCCGUACCCUGAGCCAGCACCUGUCGUUUCACAAUGGAAGCCGUACCCUGAGCCAGCACCUGUCGUUUCACAAUGGAAGCCGUACCCUAUGCCAGCACCUGUGGUUCCACAAGGAAAGACGUACCCUAAACUAGCACCAGAGCCAGCCUCACAGGCAAGAAGUCCAAAGCCAGUGGCACCAGCCGUGCCUCAAGGAAAGAGUCUCAAAGUACCAGACAUCGGUUAUGGUCCAGGAGCUGGUGUCCCCUUUGGCUUGGGUGCUAAACCCAAUGGUUACGGAGGAGGAACUGGUGUAAACGGAGGUGGUGCCCCCAAUGGCUAUGGUGCAAAACCCAAUGGUUACGGUGUCGGAGCCGGUGCACCGAACGGACGUGGAGCCAACCCCAAUGGUUAUGGUGCAGGAGCUGGUGUACCAAAUGGAGGUGGUGUCCCCAAUGGCUAUGGUGCUAAACCAAAUGGUGAUGGUGCUGUUGCAGGAGGCUAUAAUCCUGUUGCUGCUGGCUAUGGAUAUGGACCUGGAGCAGGUGAAAAUCCUUUCGCAGGGAAGCCCAAACAACAUAGUGGUUAUGGUCAAGGUGUCUACCAUGGAGCUGGUUAUGGAUAUGGUGCAGCUGCAAAUGGAAAUGGCUACGGUGCACCUGCAAUUGGUGUGCCUGCUGGUAUGGAGGGAAAAUCAGGUGGGGUUGGUGCAGGACUUGGAGAGCCUGCAAAUGGCGGCAAAUAUGGUGGUUCCGGACCUUAUGGCGGAGCUCCAAUCAUUCCUGCUGGACUGGAUGGAACAAGUCACUUUGAACCUCAACCCGCUGGCCUACGUCCUGAUGGGAAAUCAGGUGGAAUAUAUGGUGGAUUGGGUGGGCCAUAUGGUGGUCAGCCCCUCGGAAUGGGCCCAGAGGCAACAUCUCAGACCAAAUAUGGCAUUGGGGGGUUGCCAUUUGGUGGUCAACCCCUCGGAUUGGGGACUGAUGGUGCAGGCAAGUAUGGAAAUGGUGAGAUCGCCAACGCACCUGGACCUGAUGUUGGCAAGUCAGUUGGUAAAUACGGAAAUGGUGGUCUACCCUAUGGAUCUCAGACUCUUGGAUUGGGUGCCGAAUCCAAAUCCUCUGGAAAAUACGGCGGGCUAGGCACUGGAAUGGGAGGGGAUCCUGCACCUGGAAAAUAUGGAUAUGGUGCACCCUACAAUGGGCAACGUCUUGGCCUAGGGGGUGAUCCUGGGAAAUCAGCUGGCAAAUAUGGCUAUGGAGAGAUGCCAUACGAGCCUCAGCCUCUUGGACUUGGCCCCGAUUCUGGUAAAUCGAAUGGAAAAUAUGGACAGGGUGGGUUGCCAUACGAGCCUCGCCCUCUUGGGCUCGGUCCAGAUGCUGGAAAAUCUGCAGGCAAAUAUGGGGGCGGUGCACCAGAAUCCUAUGCACCAGAACCUCUUGGCCUUGGUGGUGAAGGACAGAAAUCUGCUGGGAAAUAUGGUAACCUUGGACCAUACGAACCACAGACCCUUGGAUCAGUCACUGAUGGCAAAUCCACCGGACAAUACGAAAAUCCUAUGCCUUAUGAGCCUUUGCCCCUCGAAUCAGAGACUGUCGGAAAGUCAUACGAGAGAUUAGGAGAAAUAGCACCAGCACAACCUACUAGACUUGAAGAAGAGGGAAAAUCUACUGACAAAUAUGGCAAUGGGGGAUAUAUAAAUGGACAAGUUCAGCCAGAAGUUGUCUCCUUCCCCCCAGCUCCCACUCCUUGGCCCUCCAUCUCCUAUCCCCCCAUCCCCUCAUUUGUGCCCGUAGUGUCCUUCUUCCCCCCCGAGGCCCCUGCCGCAGCUGUUUCAGAGGCCCCACCCAAGCCUGUGGGCACUGCCAGCCUCUCCCUUGCAUCUGCGCCCAGCACCCAAAUGAAAGCCCCGCCACACGGGCCUGACACUGCGUUGCUUCAGCCACCGCACCAGAUAAACAUUCAGCAGCACCUCAAGCUGCACAUUCACCCGCAGGGCAAAUCAUGGCGAGGAGGUGCAAAGGAGAAGAAAUAUGAAUUAACAGGAUUCUUUGGGAAUAGUGGAUACUAAGGUUGACCAGGGUGACGGUGGCCAUUUACAGCAUUUAACUUCACUAGAUUUUUUUGACAUUGCUGUUGUUGUUUAUAUUUGUUUUAAUUCCCUUUUUAAUUGAUCUCUAGUUUUUGUAUAAUUAUUCAUAUCUCUCUGUCCAUGCCAAACCGGUCCUACCUGACAUAUUUUUUUAAUAGUUUUCAUGCCAUGUCUGUAAUAUCACUAGAACUAAGAAAACACACAUUUAAGUCUUGCUAGGGCAUACCUUCUUUGUAGUUUAUAUUUUCUACAAAUGUAUCUUGAUUAUGUGUCUGUCUUAUUUCAUUUCGUAACCACCUGUCUUACUCCACUUACUGGAUAAGGUGAAUCAUGUUUUGAGAGUUUGUGUGCUACAAAUAUUUAAUGUGUUGAUUGAAUCAAUCCAGUUUUUGUCUGCAUAGUUUUAUAAACUCAAACUCAAACAAAUGUAUUUUGUAUGGGAAAGUUUUUUUUAAUUUUUUACUACCUGUGGCAAACACCUGUACAUUUUUGGACAGUUUUGAUGGAAUAAAAACAGA